CGCAGGCCGCCCCCGCAGGACGCAGCUCGGCAGCCGCAGCCGCUCGGCGUAGUCCCUGCUCCCGCAGCCCCGCACCGGCGUGCCCCCGCUCCCGCAGCCCCGCGCCGGCGCAGCGCCCCCGCAGGCUUGCGCUCGGUCGCUCCAGCGCGGGCACGGCUCCGCCGGCCGUCCGCCCGUGGCCCGCGCAACGGCCGCCCGGCAAGGCCAGGCGCUUAGUCUUGCAGGCCAUCCGGAAGCCGCUCGGCCGCCCGCCCCUCGCCUCUCCUCUGCAGGCCUUGUCCCCCAAUAGCUCGAUCCAGGAGCAAAAGACCGAACCUGUGGAGAUGCCUCAUCCUUUUUAUCCGGAGCUAUUUUUCAUGAAUUGGGAGGAUUGAUUUCUCUUUCGUCGCCCUAGUGAUGCCCUUGGAAUUGUUAGCAGUAACGGUGAAUUUGGGUGGCUCAGAGCUGUGUGCUUUGGCCAAAUUUAUGAGUGUAUGAGAUGAGCAUCAUUUACUUUUCGGGUUUAGGCUGGAAUUGCUCCCGGUGCCCAGGCUUCGAUCGCUAGCUGGCUCCGCCACUGGCGAGCGGAGUGACUAAAAAAAAGCAAAAAUCCCAGUUAUAUGGAUGACGGCACCAGCGGCUGACGGGCACUGUGCUUUGUAGCAGUCAGGGUGCCGGAAACUGACACGGGCUUUCUAACUCGCCCUCCCGCUGUGCCGGAGGAGAGGGAGUACCGGGCCGACGCCGGGACGCUGUGGAGGAGGAGGAAGGUGGGUCGACGCUCACAGCGGAGGCUCACUGUCACCGACCUCUGCCCCGGUGAGGUUGAUUUUAAGAAGUACACGCCACCAUAGAACAAAAUUUCAUAAUGCUUUGGCAAACGAGUCGUAGACUAUGGCAACCCGUAUCCUGUCGCGUCAAAAUCUGAGAAAGUUGGCUUCGUUCACGCUCCAGAAUAUAUCCCAGAGGCAACUAGUUCCGCCUUAUCCUCCAGCUCUCAGAUCCACUAUUGUUUCCCCCAGCAAAUUCCUGAGCCCCCUUUACCUGUCUGGGCAUUCAUUGGCUGUGAGAUGGGCAACCUAUGGAUCAGUGAAUCUAGUUUUGUCCGAUGAUGGAAAACCCAAGUUUCAAAUUGAGGAGGUGGAGCCCUCCACAAAGAGAAGGUAUUUGACAAAGAAGCGUUUGAAGCUUCAAAGGAAGAAGGAAAAGAAGAAGAGGAAGGAGGCAAAUAAAAAUGACCCACGGCGCAUCAGGCCUAAGGGAAAGAAAAUAAAACAGAAAUUUCCCACACCUGAAGCUAGGCUAAAAUAUAAGAUCGAGAAGGCCAAACUAAAGGAAGCUAGGUUGGUAGAAAAACUAAAGAAGUAUGAGAUUGCCAAAGCCCAAGGCCCUAUGGCUAAAGUGGAUGAUCUUAGCGGCGAAGAAAGAUUUUACUUGAAGAAGGUUUCACAGAAAAAAUCAAAUUAUGUCCCUGUUGGAAGGCGAGGAGUGUUUGGAGGCGUAAUUCUGAACAUGCAUUUGCAUUGGAAAAAACAUGAAACUGUGAAGGUCAUAUGUAAGCCCUGCAAACCAGGGCAGAUCCAGGAAUAUGCAAACGAGAUAGCCCGACUGAGCGGUGGCAUCCCUGUCAACGUCAUUGGAGAUGACACCAUAGUCUUCUAUCGAGGAAAGAGCUAUGUUCAGCCAGAAGUUAUGUCACCUGUUGAUACACUGUCAAAGAAAAAGGCACUUGAAAAAUCAAAAUACGAACAGUCGCUGGAGACAGUUCGGCGUUUCAUUGCAAUAUCCGAGAAGGAACUUGAGCUUUAUUACCGGCAUGUCGCACUUUAUGGAAUUUCACAAUCCCAGAAAUCUGAUCUUGUUUGCGGUGAUGAUAGAGAAGCUUCUUUGCUCAAAAUGGAGGGAUUGGAUCGAGGGAAGGGCCAAGAGCCUCACCUGGCUACGAAUCAUUUCUCUGAUCUUCACAUUGGUGAUGUUUCUGAAUCCGACGAGGAAGAUAGUUCCGGCAGUGAAUAUGAUGCUGACGACGACGACAACGAGACCGAAAGCAUGGCCAGCGUUUCUGAAGACGCUAGCUAAUGUUUCUGAUCAUGGAGGUUUAGCCAAUUGGGGCGGGCGAAGUGUGGUUACCUUGCCUCACAUAAUGACCUUGUUGGCUAGAAAUUUGCCUUGGAUCGAGCCACCUCAUCAUAACAUGCUUCUGUUGUCAGCUGUAAUUAAGCUUCUUCUUCUUCUUUUUUUGGUGUGGCGGUUUACCUUGAAGGACUUGAUGUAUGCCAGUACAACAAAUUCAGCCAAAUGUGGCCGUGUAUCUAACAUAUCCUUGUAAUAAAAUUGCUCCCUCCUUGCUGUCAGAGGAGCUGGGACACAUGUGACAGCUGUGGAAGAGUACUAUACAUUAGGGAAGAGGUACUAUAAUAUUGUGCUGCUCAAGAAAGUAUCCUCUGAGUUGGCCACCAACACCUGGUGAAGCACUGAGGUGAUUUCUGGUCAUGAUUAAUGAACAACAACCUUGGAAAUCCAAGCCUUU